GUUAUUACAUCAAAUUAUAACAUAAGAUUUGCUGAUUACGCUUCGAUUUUGGUCGCUUCUUCAGAAUCAGGGCUUUUUUUCUUUCAGAUAUUGAGAUGGCUUCUCUACAAGGCUCAGUUAUUUGCCCCGUUGUACGUGCAAAACAAACCGGAUUCUCCAUACCGGUUAAUUCACCCCUGCUCAAAGCUAAACCGGUUACAAAUGGAUCCUCGGAUCUUAAAAGGCAGAGUUAUGGCAGAACUAAUUUGGGAUACAGACAAAGUACGAGGAAAUCCAGAACCGCUAAUUGCAGUUUCAGUUCAUCAUCCAACGGUAAUGGCAACAAAGCUGGAAAUUCCAAAGAUAGUGAUAGCGAUUAUGUUAAUUCGAGUGUGAUCGAAGCUGUCGAGGUGAAAAGCGGGGCGGAUGGAUUCGUGAUCAAGAUGAGAGACGGAAAGCAUUUGAGGUGCGUCCACAAUAGUCCGCAGGGCGGUCAUGUAGCGGAUUAUUCCCCGCACCCUGCUAUUGUAUUGAAGAUGGAAGAUGGGACUGGGAUACUUCUCCCCAUAAUUGUUUUGGAGAUGCCGAGUGUGUUGCUCAUGGCAGCUAUGCGGAACGUCCAAAUUGCUAGGCCGACUAUGUAUCAAGUGGUGAAGGAUAUGAUUGAGAAGAUGGGCUAUACAGUGAAACUUGUUCGUGUCACUAAAAGGGUACACGAGGCGUAUUAUGCUGAACUUCACCUUGUGAAGUUGGGUAAUGAAGCGGAUUGCAUUUGCUUGGAUCUUCGACCGUCAGAUGCCAUUAAUAUUGCAGUGAGAUGCAAGGUGCCGAUACAAGUCAACAAAUUCUUGGCAUAUAGUGACGGCAUGAGAGUUGUCGAGGCUGCAAAGGUUUCUGUGCAGAGCUCCUCACCGAAUCAUGGCCUAUUAUUCACUGAACUAGACAGACCUAAUGGCCAGUCGUGCAUCGAGACAAAGGAGUUCGAUUUAGUGAGAAACAUGCUAAUUGCUGCUGUUGAGGAACGCUAUAGAGAUGCAGCUUCAUUGAGGGACAAGCUCACUCAACUUCGGUCUAAGAGGAACUGGACAUAACAAAAGCCUUUAAUAUAUAUGUUUGAAUUGUGUACAUAGGAAUCAUCGGUCGAGCAUUUUCUUGUAAUUAAUCUCUAUGCUUACUCCCCUUUAUAUAUAAAAAUUAAAAAAACUUGUGUAUAAAUGUGUGUAAAUAAACAAUGUUAUGAAAGUAUAUCUUAUUUAUUUCCAUGUUAUAAUGGAAAUACAACAGUUAGAUCUC